AUGGCCAGUCGCAUUCUUUCACGAGCACGGCCAUUGGCCCUCGCCCAGACCUGUUUCCGUCUGGUGCAGACGCGUCAACGACGGCCGCUGUCUCUGUCCUUGAUUUGUCGGUCGUCAGCGAAACAUACCUUUCCGGCCUCGUCGACUGUGUCGUCGUGCUGCCACAAGACCACACCUCCACCCACUCCUUCUCUCACGUCCCUCGCCUUCUGGAAGUCCCCGCCCACCUGGCGCCGUGCCGGUGUCAACACCCUGCGCUGCCUCGUCGGCUGUUCUGUGGGCGACUUUGCCGUCCUGUGGUACCUGCAGACGCACCACGCCGACUGGGGCAUGUGGCCGACGAUCAUGGGGCUGGCCAUGGCGAGCGGGCUGACGACGUCGGUGCUGCUGGAGACGGUUCUGCUGCGGGUCGGCCGCGACGGUCUGUCCUGGGGUCUUGCUGCGCGCACGGCCGUCGGCAUGAGUUUUAUUUCCAUGCUGACCAUGGAGCUGGCCGAGAAUGCCGUGGACUACUGGCUGACGAGCGGCGGGCAGGCCGCCGGGUACACGUUCGGCGAGCCGCUGUUCUGGGCGGCGGCGGGCGUGUCGAUGGUGGCCGGGUUUCUGGCGCCGCUGCCGUACAACUACAUGCGUCUGCGCAGGUACGGCAAGGCGUGUCAUUAG